CCUCCACCUGACGUCAUCACCGCGCGCCACCACCAAACAGCAGCAGUGACAGCAGCACAUGACCUUCCGUGGAUCCAGCAUCGCAGAAACAAACCUCAGAUUACGAUAAUCUCCCGCAGAUUGGGAUGAUUUUGCAGCGCGAGGCGGAGGAAGCUCCUGUCGCUUAAACUCGUCCGACACAAACCCCGACAAAAAAAAAAAAAUGUUACGAUUUUCUCUGCUGGUUUGCGGCAGAAGCGUCGCCAGGAGGUUCACCUCGACGUUCUCCGGUGAGAGCGCGCUGCCGUCCAACCUGCUGCUGCCCUCCAACCUCAUAGAUCCUUCCAGAACAAAGCGGUCUCGUCCUCCUCCAGACUGCCCCCUUCCUGUCCUGAGGAGGUGCGACGCCGCCGUCCCGUCUCACCUGCGUCCCGUCCGGUCGUGGGUGGAGAGUCUGCAGGAUCAGGAGGGCGAGCCGCUCGGUUUGGCCGAGCUGCACCCCGACGUCUUUGCCGCGCCGCCCAGGAUCGACAUUCUGCAGGAGGUGGAACUGUGGCAGAGAAACUACAAGAGGAUCCGUCACGCCAACACCAAGGUGCGGUCGGAGGUUCGGGGCGGCGGCAGGAAACCAUGGCGACAGAAAGGAGGCGGGCGAGCUCGCCACGGCAGCAUCAGGUCGCCCAUAUGGAGAGGAGGCGGGGUGUGUCACGGCCCCAGAGGCCCCAGCAGUUAUUACUACAUGCUGCCCAUGAAAGUGCGAGUGAUGGGACUCAAGGUGGCGCUCAGCUCCAAGAUGGGCCAGGACUACCUUCACAUCGUGGACUCCCUGGACAUCCCGACUCCGGACCCCCAGUACCUGCUGGACCUCAUCCGACACAGAUACUGGGGGGAGUCCGUGCUGCUGGUGGAUGUAGCGGAGGAGCUUCCUGAAAACAUCCUCAGGGCCACAGAGAGCUUGAAGACGGUGAACAUCAUCCCAGCCAUCGGCCUGAACGUCCACAGCAUGCUGAAGCACGAGGCGCUCGUCCUCACCCUGGACGCCGUCAGGUUUCUGGAGGAGAAGCUGCUGUGGCACGACGAGCGCCACACGCCGCUCUACCCGUUCAAGCUGCCCUACUCCGACUUCCCGUAGGCGCCGCUCCCGACAGGACAGGAUGUGUAAUAUAUGAACGGACUCUGUUGUUUUCAUUAUGUUUAUUAUGUCUGACAGGAAAAAAAAAGAACUCAUGAAUAAAUAAUAAAACUGGUAAAACCAA